AUGGCUUCUGAUGCCCUUGCAGCGAGGGAGAAAGUUCAGCAAUUUCUUACUGCUGCUUGUUUAGGAAAUCUUGAUCUUCUUAAGAAUACAGCAUCACAGCUCGAUGAAGGGAAGGGAAUGUCAAAAACUGUGGCAGAUAUCAAGGAUGCUAAUAAACGUGGGGCACUUCAUUUUGCAGCAAGAGAAGGACAGACUGAGGUUUGCAAGUAUUUGAUUGAGGAAUUGAAGCUUGAUGUUGAUACAAAAGAUGAAGAUGAGAUCGAAGAAAAGAAGAGCACCAUAGCGGAGACUCCUCUUGUUCAUGCUGCUCGGCAAGGACAUACUGCCACUGGUAAAUACCUUCUUGAUCAGGGUGCCAAUCCUGGUAUACCGAGUGAUUUAGGUGCCACGGCCUUGCACCACUCUGCAGGGAUAGGAAAUAUUGAAUUGAUGGAGUAUUUGCUUUCUAAGGGUGCUGAGGUUGAUUCUCAAAGUGAUGCUGGUACUCCUUUAAUAUGGGCUGCUGGUCAUGGUCAACAGGAUGCUUUGAAAGUGUUGCUGAAGCACCAUGCGAAUCCUAAUUGUGAAACAGAAGAUGGUGUAACUCCAUUAUUAUCAUCUGUAGCAGCUGGUUCAUUGGCAUGCCUAGAGUUGUUGGUUCAGGUUGGUGCUGAUGUGAAUGUUACUGCUGGUGGAGCAACUCCGCUGCACAUUGCUGCUGACAUUGGAAGCCCAGAAAUUUUGAACCGUUUGUUAGAAGCUGGUGCUGAUCCUAAUAUCACUGAUGAGGAUGGUCAGAAACCAAUACAGGUUGCAGCUGCAAGAGGCAACCGUGCAGCUGUUGAGAUCCUUUUCCCCUUGACAACAAAAGUUCAAAGCAUCCCUGAGUGGACUGUUGAUGGAAUUCUUGCACACAUGCAGUCUGAAGCUAGCAAAGAGGAAGAAAUACGGAAAGUGAAGGACGUUGAUCCUUCAGAAGACACAGAAACACUUAAAAGAGAUCUUCCUGAGGUGUCCCCUGAAGCAAAGGAGAGAGCUGCUGAAGCAAAAUCAAGAGGAGAUGAUGCUUUCAAAAGAAAAGAAUAUCUUACAGCUGUGAAUGAUUAUACACAAGCAAUUGAUCUGGAUCCCACUAAUGCUGCUGUGCUUUCGAAUAGAAGCCUGUGUUGGAUGCGCUUGGGGCAGCCUGACCAAGCAUUAGCUGAUGGAAAGGCCUGCAGAGAGCUAAAACCAGAUUGGCCAAAAGCUUGGUAUCGGGAAGGCGCAGCUCUGCGCUUGUUGCAGGCAUGCCUUCUUUUUUCUGUUGUUCCAUGGAGGUUUGAUGAAGCAGCAAAUUCCUUUUAUGAGGGUGUGAAGCUUGACCCUGAAAAUAAGGAGCUUGGAAGCAGUCGAUGCUGGGAGAAAGUUUCAUGGUACAGAUCAGAAAAAAUCAUAAUUGUGGCUAUAGCAAAUACAUCAGUACUGGGAAGGGGGACUGAAAAAGCUGUCGAUGAAAAGCUCUGCUGGUUUUUCUUUUGCCUUCAUAUCCUGGAAGAAGCCGCAAAUCAAAUUAGUUGUACUAAAUCCCCGAGGGGGAGAAAGGAGGAUGAAGAGAAAGAGUAG